UAACCUAUAAUAUACUGAUAAACAAACGUCAACUAUUUUGUCUCAGACAAAUUUAAAAUUUCGUAAGCCCUGAAAAUUAUAUUCCUUUAGAAGACACUUUUUCUAAAAAUAUACAAUCAUGGAUGAUGCGAAAACAGUUUGGUGUGGAAAUUUGUCAGACCAAGUAACGGAGGAAUUGCUAUAUGAACUGUUUUUGCAAGCUGCCCCAUUGGAAAGAGUUAGAAUACCUACAGACCGUGAGGGGAGGAAAUCCAAUUUCGCUUUCAUUACAUUCAAACACGAAGUAUCAGUGAACUAUGUCCUUCAAUUACUAAAUGGUACUCGACUCUUUGACAAACCGAUCAAUGUAAAACCCAGAAAUAAUAAUUCACAGAAUCAGAUAGGAGAAAGAAAUGUUCAACACAAUGAUCAUCAGAAACACAUAAACUAUGGUGAUUUCCCAAAAAUGGGACAAAUAGAGUACCAUAACUAUGAAAACAUGCAAGUACAUAAUUACGAAAACAGACAAGGGCGUCGGGAACAUAAUUAUCGCGAUAACUUUCGCGAUCGGGAAGAUCGACAUAGAGAUAAUCACAAGGCAUACAAAAAACAUGAUUACCAAGAUAAUAGACAGAAUGAUUCGCCUAAUAGAAGAAGAAAUAAUUAUACGGAUAGAAGAAAUUUUAAUGACAGAAACAAUAGAAGAAAUAAUCGUAAUUAUUAUUAGAAGAAUUUAUACACUUUAUAUUACCUUUUUUAUUAAAAAUUAACUAUCAAUGUAAAUAUUGUGAUGACUAGACCAUACUUGAAAUAAAAUUU